UGCUUGCUUUCCUUGCGCGUUUUAUUUAAAGAGAAGCAGUCGUUGAGCAAACUUCCAUCCAAGAAAAAAGAAAAAGCCAAAGCAUUUGAAGGAGGAGAGAAAGUCUGCAAAAUUAAAAUACAUAUAGCAUUUCCGUCAGUGCUCGGAUAAGCUGAUAGCUUGAAGAAUUCGGACUAUAAGCGGGGAGGCAGAGCUUCUCGUUCCUCUUAGUUUUGGAGUGAAAGUUUAAUUACAUGGGUUCAAUAUCGGAGCCAGAACCUAAGGUAAGUUACACCAAGCCCCCAGGGAUUCGGUUAGUAGAGCAGAUCAAGAAAUCACCCAUUUCAUACAAAACCCACCAAGCCAUUGUUCUUGUUGUUACAUUUCUUGCAUAUGCUAGCUACCACGCCGCUCGAAAAACCACGAGCGUGGUCAAGAGUACUCUUGAUCCCCAAUCCUCGGUUACGAGCUUAAAUUCGUGGCCAUGGAGGAUGAGUUACUUGAGUGAACCAGCUGAAAGCAGAAGACUUUCUAGGGUUCUUGGAGAUGGUUGGGCCCCAUUUAAUGGAUCAGAUGGCACAGCCUUGCUUGGUGAGGUCGACCUUGCUUUCCUGGCUGUGUAUGCUAUAGGAAUGUACUUCUCCGGACACUUGGGUGAUAGGACGAAUUUACGAAUCUUUCUAACAAUCGGAAUGGUGGGAGCAGGGGCGUUUACUGCAGCAUUUGGAGUUGGAUAUUGGGCAAACAUUCACACUUUCUAUUACUUCCUCGGCGCUCAAGUUCUUGCUGGUUUGUUUCAAUCAACGGGAUGGCCUUCGGUAGUUGCAGUAGUUGGAAAUUGGUUUGGGAAGAAGAAGAGAGGGCUGAUUAUGGGUAUAUGGAAUGCUCACACUUCUGUUGGGAACAUUACAGGGUCUUUGGUUGCUUCCGCCCUAUUGCAAUACGGUUGGGGUUGGUCCUUUGUAGUCCCAGGUCUCAUAAUCGCCACCGUUGGUGUGGUGGUUUUUCUGUUCUUGCCUGUUAGUCCUGAGGAUGUUGGAGCCAGUGAAGAAGAUGAAAUACAAUCUCCCAAAAAAAUUGGGGCAGGAGUAACGGAACCAUUGUUGGAACCAGAGGAGAAGGCGAAGGAGAGUGCCGUCGGGUUCCUAGAAGCUUGGAAAAUUCCCGGAGUUGCUCCUUUCGCUCUGUGCCUAUUCUUUUCGAAAUUGGUUGCUUACACGUUUCUCUAUUGGCUUCCUUUCUACAUUAGUCACACAGCUAUCGACGGAAAGUACUUAUCCAGUGAGUCAGCUGGUAGCUUAUCCACAUUGUUCGAUGUUGGAGGUGUUCUUGGAGGAAUCCUUGCCGGCCUUAUUUCAGACCGCAUGGGUGCCAGAGCGAUAACAGCUGCAAGUUUCAUGUACUGUGCUAUCCCUGCUCUCUAUGUCUACCGAAGCUAUGGACACGUAUCCAUGACUGUGAACAUUGCACUCAUGUUCAUCACCGGCAUGUUUGUGAACGGGCCAUAUGCUCUAAUAACAACAGCAGUCUCGGCUGAUCUUGGAACACACAGCUCAUUGCGUGGGAACUCGAGGGCAUUGGCGACAGUAACAGCAAUCAUAGAUGGAACAGGCUCCAUCGGGGCAGCCAUCGGACCUUUGCUGACCGGCUACAUUUCAGCCAAAAGCUGGAGUGCAGUCUUCACAAUGUUGAUGGGAGCUGCUCUGAUUGCAGGGCUGCUUCUGACUAGGCUUGUCGUGGCGGAAGUUGCUGCGAAGAUUGAAGAAUCGAGAUCGCGAGUGUCAGCAUCUCGGCCUCAACCUGCAGCACUCGAUGUGUGAUAAUCAUAGAGGAGAAGAACCUGGUUAUUUUAUGAAAGGAGGUCCUCUGUUGUAGUCAUAGGAAGUAGAGGAUUUUUGUUAAACCUUCUCCCCAGUUGUACCUUCUUUGUAUUUUAUGUUUGUACAUUAUUUGUGCGUUUUCAUGAAAUUAAUUACAUCAUGAUUGGGGAGGAUGACAAAUUAAGUCAUCUCGGAAACCAAAAAUUCCUUACACCGGGAAAUAACACAAUGUGUCUGACUUUUUCA